AUGAUAAUUGGAGCAAUUAAAGUGAAGGAUGGUCUAUUCAUAGGAGACGAAUUAGCCUCUAAAGAUCUUGAAUUUGUCAUCCAGAACAAAGUAACUCGAAUUAUUAACUGUGCAGCCAAACAACUACCAUGCGUAUUCGAAAACUACGGUGUUAUCUAUCUAAAAUUUAAUUGGCUAGAGAAUGAACAAUAAAUACUAUUUCCAAAUGAAACUGCUAAUGAAAUCUAUCAAUUUAUUGAAUAAGCGCAUAACAAUGGAGAAUCUGUUCUGGUUCACUCAGUAAGAGGACAAUCUCGUUCUUGUUGUGCACUUACUGCCUACUUUAUGAGAAAAUAUAAAUGGAAACUGUAUAAGACUUUGGAAUUCCUCAACUCUAGAAGACCAGAUCUUGAAAUUAGGGCGAAUUUCUAUCAUUAAUUAUCUUAAUUGGAAUCCAAAUUAUGUAAGAAGGGACUCGGAGGUCUAUCUAGUUCAUGGUAACCUAAUGAAGAGCAGGAUCUACCUCUAGAAGAGGAUGAACAACUUCUCAGGAAUACAUUUAUGAAUGCAAAGUCUAGUCCAGCUGAUUCUUGCUGGUUAGAUAGAAGAAUAUUCAAUUAAUAUCUCAAUGAAAAUAGAAUAAGAGCUAUUUCUUGGGCAGAUGAAUCUAUUGCUAAAAAAUCAUUUAAAAAAAUGAAAUAGACAAAUCCAAAACAUGCUGUUAAAUUAAAUAGCCAAAAUAAUAUCAAUGGAAAUAUCUAUCAUGUUACAGUUAAUAAUUAUGUCACUCUAAAAGAAGAACUAGAAAAAUGUAAUUCCAUUCUGAAUUCCAGGGAAAAUCAUCAAUUAAUCAAGCCUAAUAAUAGUAUUAUCAAAAGACAAUAAAAUGAUAGUCUAAAAAAACAUUAAGAACAAAAACUUAAACAAUCAGGAAAAUCUCAAUCUCUGAAGUAACAAAAAAGAGAUCCUACAGACAGACCUAGAUCUGCAUAUGUAUAGCCUGAAUUUCAACCUCCCAUAAAUAUACCUAAACCAGUACCCUUUCCAUAUCGUCAAUUCUCACCUGUUGUAAAAGGUACUUUCAUUUAAUUCUAUUCCUCAGGUAACAAUCCUCCUAAAUUGACCUAAUUAAUGCAAACCAACAAAGCCAAAGGAUUUAGAUAUCCAUCCCCAGGAUAAUUGAAAACUGAUGAGACUUUCAUACAAUCAAUCAUCAACAGUAAACCUGUAUGGAAGUGA